CCGCGGACGCGCGCAUCAUCGCCACCCGAAUCGCUUGCCUGCAAUAUGCCACAUUCAUUCGCAUACGGCUAGAGAAAAUCGUCAAUAAACGACGGACAGCGGAAGCCACUCGUGUGAACGGUGUUCUUUUUUUGUUGUUGCUGGCGGGCGGAUAAUCGCUUUGGGGUGGUGUAUGGCGUAAAAUCGCCGAAAAUUUUGACAGUUCGACAAAGAUACCAAGUUAAAAAAAUAUGAGGGUUCAUAAAAGUAUAUCAAAAGAAUAAGACAAUCAAUGCCAAUAAUUGCACAAUGAAAAGAAAAAAGAGACCAUAAAGAUAAGGCCAAACACAACAACAAAAAGUAAACUACAACAAAAAACAAAAAAAAAUUUAUUUUGAAAUGUUCGUAAUUUGUGAGAGUGUAAAUUAAUGUUUUACAAAUGAUCGAAUGGUGGUAAUUCUACUACUAUCGCCGCCGCCACCAACGCCACAACCACCGUACACAACAACAGCAACAGCAGUAGCAGAAGUAACCAACACAAAUGGCUGUGAUGGAGGAUCAAACGAUAGCAGCACCGUAUCGACGACAUCGACCGGCGAUACCGUUAUACCCACCAUCUAUACCGACAACAAAGGAAUACCACUGCCAAACGAAGCCACAUACCAGCACUAUCAACCACCCCAACCACCGGCGCCAACGGCAAUUGUACAAACACAACAACAGCAGCACCAGCCACAUCACCAACAACUUCAUGCGCCCGGCGAAUACGAACGGCAGCGUCAGCGACGUCAACGUGCGCAUUCGCUGCAUGAAAAAACAGCACAACAACAAACCAAAUCCUACUACCAUACAGCAGCACCACCACGAUCUAGUCAUUUGCGUAGCGCGGAAGCAAGAAACACCAGCGAACGUGUUGGAUCUUCACACGCGGCGUAUACAGAACAUGCGCGACGCGCAUACGCGAGGCAGCACGGGCGCGUUUACGAGGAGCGUUCCGGCAAGAUGCCUUGUGCAGGGUAUCCACCAAGAAUUAUCGUCUCACCGCCGCCGCCACCGUCGCCACCACCCGAGCCCGACGCAACAGACUCAACGGCAGCGCCUGCACCACCGCCGCCGCCGCCUCCCCUGCCGAAGAUACAGCCACCCUACAGCCCUGGCUAUUGCUGUUGGUGUGGCGAUGUGCAACCGCAUCUACAUUCACAUCCGUCGUGUACGAACCCGCUGCCAAAACCGCCCAGAAGUGGCGCAACCCACAGUGCGUCCACCACUGCCACCGCUGCGUCGUCCAGCACUACGCGCGUUGGUCCGACGCGCAGAAAUACAACCGCUGGAAGGACGCCGCAAGCCCGUUGGUCCAUUCCACCAGCGCAAGAACCCGCCAACAACACCACACACCAGUGGCGUCAACACAUCACACCAACACACUCGCUUCUUUCUUUUCUGCCUGCUUCUUAUGCUACUCCAACAAUGCGUCAACAACAAAUGCCACCAGCCAAUGCGAAUUAUUACAACUAUAGCAAAUGCGACAACAACAACAACAACAAUUAUAAUAAUACUAACACCAAUGAUUAUGUACGCCACGUGACACGUGUUAAUUUCUAUGAUGUUGUUACUUCGCAGGUCGAAUUCGAGCCCAAAGAUGAUAGUGAUGAAUGCGACACGGAAGCUAUUACCAAAGAAGAAGAAUGGAUAACAAAAAGAAAAACCGAACUUACAACAACACGUCAAAUAGAGACACGCGUAAAGCGACAGUUGGUGCUGGAGGAUGGCAAGGUGGUGGAAGAUUCAGGGCCAAUUGUCUCAACGAAUACGACGGAAGAUACAGAUAAACAGGAAACGGAAACAACAGAGAAACGCGAUUUAGGUAUACCCAUCGAUAGUAUAGCAGUGGAGGCCAAUGGCGGUGCACUCGAGGCGCCUGACACCGUUGACGGUCAAGUGGCUGUGCUGCCAGCUGAAAACUCCAAAAUUAUUAAGAAAAUGGUGCCGCGCCCAGCAGACGGGCUAGUAAGCGAAUCGAACGACAAACGCGUGAUUACACACGAGGAGGUCAAGGAUUACUUGGAAACGGAAGAUGUGCGCAAUCUGGGCGAUUUCUCGGACGAGACCUAUGUGAAGGCAGUCAAUAGCGGCGUGGAGAAUCUACAAGAAGCUUUACGCGCAGCGGAAAAUCAUAAACAACUGGUGCCAUUGGGUCCACGCAUUAUCGCCAAUACCACCAAGUCGUUUAAGACAAUCGAUUCGGAGGACGUCGAGAAGCGUUGCCUGCUACAAGCGGACGGACAGCUCGUUACGGAGAGCAAGAAGACAACCGAACACGAAGUUAUCGUAGACCGUGAAUUGCCUGAAGAGGACGAUCAUUCAAUCGGUAGUCGUGAGAAAAUCGAAACUGUGGAAGCUACACAACAUCUUUACAAACAACGUGACGAGCAAUACGUCGAUAAGAUUGUUGAUGGCAAAGUUGUUAAUACCGAAAUGAAAUACGCUGCCGAGACAAUGCAAAUUGAAAAGGAUGGCUCAUUAGAACGACCGGGCGAUUGGGAUAGCUUAUCGGAUCGUAUGCGAAAGCUACGUCGACCACACCAGAAGAGUGCUUUGCAGCCGCAUAAGGAAGCCACGCUACUGGCUGAUCGUAAGGAUGCGCUAACCAAGCGGCCGCUGGAUUUCGAUCGUGAGGAGGAAACACGCAAGGGCGAGACGAUCAAAUGGUUGGAAUCGCAUUUCGGCAGCGAAUCUACUGCUUCUAAUGACUCGCGCGAAGAUGACGGCGGUGGCGAAAUAGAGCCCACCAAAAAGACUUUCUUCAAUGUUACCAUCAAAUCAAAUCAAACACCAACACCUACGCCACUGACCAAUGGUCAUCGGUUGUCAGCAGGCAAUACAUAUGAACGUAAACAAUCGAAAGAUCAUGUGAUCGAGGCACAUGGACCGAAUGGACCGGGUGGGCGAUCAAAGUACUACCAGGGUAUCUCAAAUUGGACUGAACGUAAAGAGCCGCCUGCGAAUCAUUUCGCUUCGAAAGCCUUUCGUGAUGACCUCCAAGAAACCGUUGAGCGCAAUCGCCUGCGACGCGAUAAACAGCAAGAUAGUCAUUACGUAGUUGAGUCUACAGAUAACUACGUUAGUCGUGAGGAUAUUCUGCAUCAAAAACAACGCCAGAGUUUAUCUUCGCAGUUUUUGGCGAAAAGUAGUCGUAAUUCACGUGAUCGACUCGAUGAUUUGGAAGCACCAACGGUGGGUGUUGGUAUUGGUAAGACGAGCCGAGAUAUGGGUGUGCGCCACAUAAGUGGUUCGCGCGGUGAUCUUCGAUACGGUGGAUUAAAUGGCGGUGAGUUGGAGAACAACAAACGCGCUUUCAUGCCACCCAAACAGCAAAGUCAGGAACGUGAUCUAGAAACCCGACGCUCACCAGCUGACUUUGCACCAAGCGCUGGCAAGAAAUAUGAAUACAAUGAAAUGCGUAGUCGCAGUUACGAACGCACAUUGGAGGAUACAUCACGUGGCGUUGGCUAUGAGUUGCAUAAUACGAACUCUCUUAAGCCGCUGCCUCUGCCUGAAUCACGUGCUAUCUCGCCCGAACGCGAACACUUUCAAACUAGCACGCUCGGUCGUCCCACAGUGCCACAACGUCGACGCGCCAUCGAAAAGAAACUACGACAGCAACAUAGCGCCUCACCGCCACCACCACAAAAAGUGCCAUUGGAGCGCCAGCACGCGCAAAGCCAACGAAAUUUACUGGAACCACCGCCAGAUUAUUCGCCGCCGCCACGCAGUCGCUCAUCAUCGCCACAAGUGGAAUAUGUGAAUGGUAUACGAAAUCAACGCAACUACCGCAAUAAUAUAGCUGACCUUGCACCCAACAGCUAUGGACCACCAAGCCAAUUGGUCGGUCAGAGCUCAAGCACGUUGACACGAAAGCAAAAUCAACGCACACGAUUCGCACCGACCACACAACACGAACAUGCGCACUCGCAAUCGUACAUGCGUCCCGUGAUGGCGACUCAAACCACACAGACGACAGCCUCAACCAUUUCCAACUCCACCGUCACCUCGCACAAGUCCAGCAAAAUGGGGCAGGUGAUAGGUAAUUCACUGCGUAAGCUCGUCAAUAAGAUACGUUCGGCCAGCGCUGAGCGCAAAAUGCGCAUGAAGUCGCGUAGUAAGUCACGUGAGCAGUCGCCGUCACCUCAAACUAUCGACAAGGUUGGCCAACAAACUACCUACCAACAGUAUAAUCUCAUAGACAGUCAUAUCGGCGGUCAGGGUGGUAUCUCCGGUGAGUCCGAGUUGGAGAGUAUGCCGCAGGAGACAACACAAGCGCAUAAGAACUACAUACAUGCGGCAACACUGGAGCGCAACGGUCAAAUACACAAAACACAAUUCAAACGUGCCAAUUCGGCGGAUCCAUACGCCAAUGAACGGAGUGAAAUCGGUGAACGCGGACCGAGUCCAAGACAGCGUUACUACUUGGGAGAAGAUCCAUACUCGAGCACUUUGUAUGGCAAGGAAAACAUGUAUGUACCCGGUUCUGUCGGCAAGCGCAAAACUUUAGCGCCCAGAGAUAGUGCGGAUACUGGCUAUGCGGGUAAGCAGGAACGAAAUAAUCGUGACAAUGUAAGUGCGAACCGUCGCGAUGAAGGAGAGCUUUACAAGCAGAGAAAUGUAACGACCAGCACUUUGGGACGAUAUCAACGCACAAGUCAAAAUUUUGCCGCAUCAACGCCUAAUUUAAAUCAGGACUAUCGCACGACACAAACAUUGCCACGCAAAUUGCAAGACCAUCAGCAACAACCACAUCAACAACAACAGCAACAUCACCAUCAGCCGUUGCAUGCGACACAAUCGUCCACAUAUCAGCGACCUGGACAACGUCUCGUACCUAGUGGCUACAGCACUUUAGGUCAUCCUGAACAUCGCACACAAUACCACCACCAGCAACAACAGCACAAUGUGCAACAGCAGCAAACAACAGUAGGUCCUGCUAAACCUGCUCGCACUUACGCAAAAGCGUUGAAUCGCAGCAAAAGCUUCAACGUCCAUGCCAUGAACGGCAGCCACGACCCCAGUCCCAUUUACAUUGAAAAGCUGACCAAGAAUAAUUACACAAACAACGCAAACAAUGGUCACAACACCAGCAAUUUAUAUGCCAGCCAAGCCUACAAAUCGAAUCCACACCUCUAUAGCGGUCCAUCGAAAGAGAACUCAUUACAGAGUGGACUGAAAAGUCCUUCAAUUGUAAAUCUGAUAAGUCGCAGUCAAAAGGAUUUAACCAAAAUUGAUAGUUUAGAAAGUGAGCAAAGUGACAUGCUGGAAAAGAAGCAAAUAUUUAUGCGCGGUCUGCACCAGCAAGCGCCCGAUCUCUACAAGACUUUGCAUGGCGAUGAAAGCUACACCGCUCACAGUGCGCCAAAUAAGUACCAUCAGUUGCGCCACUCCACAUCACUGGAAACACGUUCGCCGGUUGAAAUUAACAAGGAUACGGCAAGUAUUGUGCGUAGAGACAGCUCAAGCAAUGAAGGUUAUGUGCUGAAUGCUUAUAGCAAUAAAACUACAAUGGAGAGCGCGACAGCCAAUAGGCGUAUACUCUAUAAGGACGAACAAAGACGUCGAACACCGGGUGCCACCAUAAUUUCUGUGCGUAACGAAAUAGAAAAAUGAUUUUGUGAAAAAAUAAAGAUUAUUUAGCUCAACAAUGCUUAUGCAUGUGUAUAUAACAGCCCUUAACCACUAAAUGGUUACUCGAAGCAGCGCACUAUGUAGAUGGAAAAAUCGCUUAGGAGAGGCUUAACUUUCAUUUGACGGGUUGCAAAUAAAAAUUGGAAGCCUAUUAGUAAUACAUAUGUAUGUAUUUAUCUUUCACUAUCAAAGAAAGUACUCUAGCACCAACUCUUACCGCAAACAAUAGC